CGCCAUCUUUUGUUUGGGGGCAAUUUUGACAUCAAGAAAAGUGCGUGAAAAACUUUCGUGGUGCUCCGAGAAAUUUUCGGAUCGCGAGUGUUUUCGGUGUGAUAAAUUUUUAACUUUUGUGGCGUUUUAUUUCAUUUUCUUGACCCAUUCCGGUGACCGGCCGAGCUCAGAAAUGUUUGAGUAAUUUGGUAAGCAUCGAACAGAGCUAGAAAAGCGACUGACGCGGCCGAAAUAAGCCGCUCCUGUGUUUGGAUCCGGCAUUUUUGGAAGGUGAAAAUCGGUGCUCCAGCAAAUUGGGGGUGGAAGGAAGUUUGAAAAUGUCGGAAGAAGAUAACAGUAUCGGUGCCGGUGAAUUAGCGAAAGAACCUUCUCCGGAACCCAACGAAUCGGUUUCGGCACGCACCGAAGAGGAAAGUUCAGUUCCUGCGGUGGAACUUGACAACAAAACAGAUGAAGAGCAAGAAACUUUGCCAACGAAGGAUGAGUCUAAGGAAGAAAAGCCGGAAUCGGAACAGGAUCUUCCCGAAGAGCAUCCUGAGGAAAAUUCCGAGAAAGUUCCUGAUGAGGGAGAUUUAUCUGUGAUUAAAAGCGAAAACGAAGACGAUUUGUAUGAUAAAUUAAGCAGUAGUAGUCCGGAGCCCGGCGAAUUGCCGGAUGAUGACGACCCUGCGGGAGAGCAUCCCAAGGAAGUCAAGAAGGAACCACAAAAUGAUAGGGAAGCAGAUAAACUCCUAGAUAACUCCCCGGAUGACAGCAUUUGCAUGAAAAUUAAGCCCGAAAAGGAUGAAACAGAUAACAUCAAACGAGAACCCCAUCCUUUGGAUGACAGUUGGGAACAAGACACAAAUUCCAAGCCAAAACAGGAAUACUUCUCCGAUAUAGAGGAGGAUGAGUCUUCCCUGCCUAAUACUCCCGAACCGGAAGCACCGAAAAAAAUCGAAAAGGAACCGGAACCGCCGAAAAAGUUGGCCAGUAUCUUUGAGAAAAAGGUAAAGAAAGAGGAGACCGGAGCCAGUUCCGAGGGAAUCCUGCAGGAGAAAUUGAAGCAAUACUUUGGCCACAACGAUUUCAAAAGUUCACUGCAGAAGGAAGCGAUUCAAACGAUAAUAACGAGAACUCGAGACGUAUAUGUAUCGAUGCCAACGGGGUCCGGAAAAUCUCUCUGUUUCCAGCUUCCAGGCGUAAUGCAGGACAACAAGGUGACCAUAGUCUUUUCACCGCUCCUGGCACUGAUCAAGGAUCAGCUUGAUACGCUGGCCAAACUCAAAAUACCAGCCGAUUCGAUCAAUUCCAAAAUGAGCAACAAGGAUCGCGAUCGCGUUCUGAAUGACUUGAAAAGUAUUCGCACCGAUAUACGCUUCCUCUACAUUACGCCGGAACAGGCCAACACCUCUACUUUUAAGGAGCUCAUGAAGAUGCUAGUCAAGCACAAGAAGGUGGCCUACGUUGUAGUCGACGAAGCACAUUGCGUCAGCGAGUGGGGCCACGACUUCCGCCCAGAUUAUCUCAAGCUCGGCUAUCUGCGGUCCGAGUAUCCGUCGAUUCCGUGGAUUGCGUUGACCGCGACGGCCUCCAAGAAAGUGGUCGAUGAUAUCUUUAAAAACCUGAGGCUUAAGGAGCCGAUAGCGAAGUUCAAAACUCCAUGCUUCCGGAAGAAUCUCUACUACGAUGUGGUGUUUAAAAAUUCGAUCCAAGAUGAUUACAUUCAUUUACGGGACUACAUAGAAAGCAUCCUGGAUAAGGACGAAAAGGACAUUAAACCGAGUAAAAAGGCAUGUGGCAUUAUUUAUUGCCGAACACGUGAAACAACGGAACGAGUUGCCAACAGUCUCACGAAACUCGGUCUAAAAACUGCAGCCUAUCAUGCUGGACUGAAACAAUCAGAGCGCGUAGCCGUCCAAGAGGACUGGAUGGACGGUAAAUAUGCCGCCAUCUCGGCCACUAUCAGCUUCGGCAUGGGCGUAGACAAGGGUUCCGUUCGUUUCGUCAUUCAUUGGGACAUCCCGCAGAGCGUGGCAUCGUAUUAUCAGGAAUCUGGCCGAGCUGGUCGUGAUGGAAAGAAGUCUUUCUGCCGAGUGUACCAUUGUCGAGAUCAGUGUAAAUCGAUUGAUUUCCUUCUCCAACAAGAUCUACAGAAGACCAAGGGCUCAGCAAAGGAGGAAAAGGCAAAACUGGCUGUGAAGAAUUUCGAGAAGAUCGUCCAAUACUGCGAGUCGGCAAAUUGUCGGCAUAGGCUCUUUUCAGAUUUCUUUGGUGAUGAUCCACCGGACUGUAAUAAUAUGUGCGACGUCUGUAGCAAUCCGAAAAAAGUUGAAAAGGCAAUCGAAACCUUCCAAAAACUGUCGGUGUCCGGUAAAUUGAAAACCAUUAUUGGCUUCGAUGACGACUGUUCCGAUUUGUAUGAAGGUGGUCGCAAAGGUUAUGAAGAUGCUUAUAUGGCCGAGGAAGGAGAAGAUGAUGAAGGCUUACGAGAGCAGCGCGCCAAACGAGAAUCCGAGUUAGUCAUUCAAAAGCAAUUCGCCUUGAGGAAGGCUUCGGCGGCAAAGGAACUGGAAAUGCACAAAACGGCUUCCAUCAGUCGCGUAAAAUUCGCACUGCAGACCACGGUUAAGGUUAACGGACUGACGAUUGCAUCGCGCGAAGGGAAUCUUACGAUGCUGGCCGAUCUACUUAAGAAAAAUGUCGAGGCAUGUAAAGAUAGCGAUCCGCCGGAGCAUGAGCUGGUGUACAAAGAUUUUGAGGAUAUUGCAGUUGAGAUGGAAUAUGAAGCAUUUACCACAAACACUGUCGCGAGCCUGUACAGAAGAUCGAUAGUAAAGCAUAUUUCCGCCAUCAAGUCGACCACCUCUUCAGGCAUGUUAUAUCCAGACUUGAAACACUACACCCCGAAGCCUCGAAAUGCCAUGGGAGGUGAGUUCAAAACCAUCGAAGCCGAGCUGAAGCGCAAGUACGGAGACGAAAUUGUUGAUGAGUUGCGAGAAACCGAAGAGCGACGAUCGGGAGCUUACCGUGGGGGAACUUCCAAUGGUGAUCGGCGCCGGGGAAGUGGGCGGUUUAAUAAUUCCGCUAGAGAUGGAAUGAAUCAAACGUCGAUCAAUACGUUUUUCUCAAAGAAAGGCGGCGCCGCCAAUCAUAAUGCUGGAUCAUCAAGUAUGGCCACUUUGGAUGAUAAUGACAUGUGGGACGAAGGGGAAUCGGCUGGGCCGAGUGUUGCAGUGGAAGCAAAGCUGGCAAACGAAAAAGUUGAACCGACUGAAUCGCGACGAUCACCUUCGAUAGAGAUAGUGUCCAGUGACUAUUCUCAUCGGUCCCGGGAUUCAAAAGACGACUGGGAUCGCGAAGAGCGUAGAUCCAAGAAAAGGAAAACCAGUGUAAGAUCUAGAGAUGCGUCUAGCGAUCGUUCUCGAACACCAAGAGAAAAAUCUCGGGAAAAGUCACGAGGGAGAUCAAAAGGCAAGUCUCGUCAUAGGUCUAAAGAGAGAUCUCGAUCCCGUGAUCGACAUUCGUAUCGUUCAGGAAGAUCACGUUCUCGUGAGUACGAUGAUGAUCGGCGAAGACAUCGGAAAUCCAGAAGUAGAGCUGACGAAGAAGAUGAUUACAAAGAUCGAAGGCCACGGAAGAGAUAUGCAAAUGACUACGAAGAAAGGCCAGCUGCAAAACGACCGCCUUCUCCCAUGGAAGAAUUUUCCUACGGUAAACAGAAGCGUGUGUCUCAUUAUGAGCGACCAGCUCCUGUUCCUCCCCAAAAGGAGUUCAAGCCAAAUUUUGGUGGUGCAAGAAAAUUCAACAGUUAUGAACAAUCUUCCACAGCUUCGUUGCUCUCGAAUGAUGACUUAUGGGAUGACGACGCUCCGGCGAAACCCAAAGAAACAUCGAGUAAAAAUUCCGAAUAUGUACCUCCUCCACCACCCCCUCCAGUGGCAGUCAAAACACCCCCUCCCCCACCCCCUGUGGCUGGAGAAUCGAACUAUUCCGCCGCAUUUUCAACGUAUGGCCAGGCAAGCACUCAAUCUGCCUAUCAGCCUCCUCCACCACCAGCAAUUGUUUCUCCAAGGGAAAAAGCAUCAUCCAAAAAGAGCUAUGAUUAUCUGUUCGAAGCCCCCGUGGAAAAUAAGAAAUCAUCCUCAUCAACCACUCUCACCGCUGCAUCCAUCCCAGUUAAGUCCAUAACUGCUGCCCAGUUUAGCACAGCCGCUCAGAUUCAUGCCACGCUGCAGAAGCUCAACGCUGCAAUGUCCAGCGCUGCAAGGAACGGUGGUUCCACUUCAUCGUCCUCAACAUCUUCAACCACAUCAUCACUAGCAGCCACCCUAGCGGCAAUGAAAAAGUCAUCCGCAGCCACCAACACCACAUCCCUAAACAAUAAUAAUAACAGUAGCAGCAGCAGUAGCAAUGCCAGCACCAGCAACGCAACCAUUGCAUCGUCCUCCUCGACUUCCUCCGUUACGGCAGCUCCAGUGCCGCCAGCAACUGCCAAGGUCAGCAAUCCGGAACCGACCGGAAAACUACAACACAUACAACUGGAGCAGGAGAAAAUUUCCAAGAAGAACCUGGCCGAUGUCGUAAUUCGUUUCCUCAUGCCGUACUAUCGAGAGCAGAAGAUUAAAUCCAAGGAGCUGUUCAAGGGGCUGGCGCGCAAUAUUUCCCACAAGUUCUACGACGUGGAAGUUGUCGUGGAUCGUAAGGUGAAAAAAUACAUUGACGACCUGAUGACACACAAAGGUGUGAUAGCCAGCGAAGCAGAUUUUCCCAAUUAACACUCGACCACUGUCGAGCCGGUUGAACCACCAAGCCCCCCAUGUAAAUAAGUUCCAUACAGUAGCAGGUAAUGUUUUUCGUUCCCAUUCGUAGUGCACGAUAGGUGUGCCGUGCUUGAGCAUACAUCUAUCUAGUGUGAAUGAUAAUUAAUUGGGUUUCAGUCGUAGUAGCGCAAAGUAUAGUGAACCUUAUCUUGUAGAACAAGAAGUGCGUUUGAAAACAACAACAACAAAAAAACUCAACAUUACUUACCGAAUCGUAAAUCUGUAUAGCGUAGGGAAACAUUUCAAUAUUUAUUGUUGAUGAAUUUAUUUCUUCCCUUUGAUAAAUAAAUCUAGUUGUAUCAUUUCGUGGUAAUGUAACCGGAUCUGAGGCGAUGCGACGAUGGUCUUGUAUUGCUUAAUAACUUCAACUUAGCUGCAAUUGAAUCUAGGCAAAUGCCGAGAUAAGAUAGCAGUGUCAUCCGACCUACAUGAUUAGAUA